ACGUCUCACCAAUUCCCAAAUUUGGUCCUUUUGCUCUUCGUUCCUAUUUUCAACGCAAACAAAUUCAACAACAAACCCAAUUCCUCAGUAUUUCUCAAAUUUCACUCCCUAAUUUGAAUCUCAAUCCUUAUAGAAAUUUGAACCCCCAAAAUUUGUGCAAGAAUAGAUCUUUUCCAGAUUUUAGAAAGGUAUCUUGUGAUGAGGCUUCUUCAUUGGUGACAAAUGGAAGAUUCUAGCCUGCAUUGAUUCUCUUUGUCUGUUUCUUAUAAUUUUAAUUGGAGGUCUCAUAAUGUGCUGGUUCAAUCGCUUAGGAAUCAAUUUGACCAACUGCUUCUAUCAUUUUUCUGAGUGGCAUCCCAUUGAAUAACAAAGUUGAUUCGGGCCGGAUGCCCGAAUAGCAUUUUCCUCCUUUUUAAGGUUCUUGAAUCAAAUUGUUGAUUUUGCUGUGUGAAUAGUGUACUCCAUUGGGACACAUUCUGUUGUUUUGCACGUUUGUGAUGAUGCGUUCCGUUGAUGAUGUGGCGGAAAUGGGAUGCUGUGGGUGUUUUGGAUUCUCUUUUGCAAGAAAACCGGAAAAAAUAGGUAGGUCUAAUAGGGGAUAUGGAAACGGAUGGUCACGCGCGCCAUUGUUAGAAGAAGAGGUUGAAGAGGAAGAUGAUGGCUUUGACAGGGGAAAUGUAACUGAUACUGGCACUGAGGAUGAUGAAGUGUGUCAUAGCCCGGUUAAACGUUCUGAAGAGAUUCUCAUGGACAGAGCUCAAAAUGGGUUAAUUUGCAGGGAGGUCCCUGUUAAGGAAACCGACAAACUUGUUCGCACAGAGGAUGAAGAUGGGAACAAGAUGAUUAAUGAAUAUGUCCGUGAACACAAAAUUGGUUCUGGUAGCUAUGGGAAAGUGGUACUUUAUAGAAGUUGUAAUGAUGGAAAACAUUAUGCCAUUAAGGCCUUUCACAAGUCUCACUUAUUAAAGUUGCGGGUGGCACCUUCAGAAACUGCUAUGAAUGAUGUUCUUCGUGAGGUUAUGAUCAUGAAAAUGUUGAGGCAUCCCAAUAUAGUUAAUCUUAUUGAGGUGAUUAAUGACCCAGAAACAGAUCACUUCUACAUGGUUCUCGAAUACGUGGAAGGUAAAUGGGUUUGUGAGGGUUCUGGCCCCCCAAGUGAUCUUGGAGAAAAUAAAGCACGGAAGUACUUGCGUGAUAUAGUGUCUGGCUUGAUGUAUCUACAUUCUCAUAAUAUUAUACAUGGGGAUUUAAAGCCGGAUAAUCUUUUAGUUACUGCCUCUGGCAGGGUGAAGAUUGGUGAUUUCAGCGUCAGCCAAGCUUUUGAGGAUGAUAAUGAUAAGCUUCGUCGGUCUCCUGGCACUCCUGUUUUUACUGCUCCUGAAUGCUGCGUAGGUGACAGAUAUCAUGGAAAAGCUGCUGACACAUGGGCAGUUGGUGUUACCCUCUAUUGCAUGAUCUUCGGGAAAUACCCAUUUCUAGGCGACACUCUCCAGGAUACAUAUGACAAGAUAGUAAAUAACCCUAUUUCUCUCCCUGAUGAUAUGAAUCCUCUUCUGAAGAAUUUACUCGAGGGGCUCCUCUGUAAAGAUCCAACACAAAGGAUGACUCUCGAAGGUGUUGCUCAGCAUGAAUGGGUCAUAGGAGAUGAGGGUCCAAUCCCUAAGCAUUCGUGUUGGUGCCAGCACAAAACGUCACAUAAAGAUAUAUGUGAUGCGAGUGUGAAUAAUACUCCUACUUGAUGCCAACUGGAAAAUGUUUUAUGAUUAUUAUUUUCCGUUCUUACCUUUUAGUUCUAAGUUCUUGUAGGAUGGUAGAUAGGAUGUUUCUUUCGGAUAAUUUGCACUUGCAGAAGCAACAGAAUACACGCUACAUAAAGGAUGGUAGAAAAUAAGAAGUUGAGUAAAUUUUGUUAGAUUUCUGUUGUACUACCAGAAUGCUGGAAGAGUUGUAAUGGCCGAGGGGACCUCCCGAUAUAUUUUGUUUUGUUUUUGUUGGUGGUAAUGUUGUCGCGAUUUGUUUUAUCCUUUUGUCCUUCCAUUUUACCUUACUGGAGUAAAGUUUACCA